CAAGACCUAGAUGUGGUUAUCCCAUGUCUGUACUUUGCAAUGUUCCCGCUUGCCUUGAUGUUGAAUGGGGUCGCGUCCUGGGUCUCCCUGCACCUGAGCUCAACCUCCACCUUCAUGGUGUAUCUGAAGAACCUUUUGGCUGCUGACCUUCUCAUGACCCUGACCAUGCCUAUUGUGGCGGCCAGUAAACUUCCUACGUCAUCUGUGGGGUUACGACUGUUCUCCUGUCGCUAGUCAGGUGUCAUCUUCUACACAUGCAUGUACACAAGCAUCACUCUACUGGGCCUCAUCAGUCUGGACCGCUUCUUCAAGAUCGUCAGGCCCGGUGGCAGGUUGUUGGGUCAGAACGUGGUCUUCGCUAAGGUACUGUCUGUCUCUGUGUGGGUGGCACUGUUUGGAGCCACUGCUCUCCCUACCAUUAUCCUGACCAAUCAGGAUGCCAGCAACAAGACGGAUGCCUCCUGUAUGUCCAUGAAGAGCCCAGCCGGGGUCAGACUUCACACAGUGGUGGUUGUGUUUAUGGAUGUCUUGUUCUGGGUUGUAAGCAUACUGGUUGUAGUUUGCUACAUGUGCAUCACCAACAAGGUCCUCCAGUCCUUCAGAAAUUCCGGCAGCAAAAACAGUCAGGGCAAGCAAAAGACAAAGGUCCGUGUCUUCCUGGUUCUGGUCGUGUUCUCUGUGUGCUUCAUUCCAUUCCACAUCAUGCGGAUCCCGCGGACCAUUCAGCAGACCAACAAUGUCAACGGCUGUUCUCAAGUCUCCAUCAACAUCGCUCAAAAGGUGACCCUGUGGCUGUCCACCGUCAACAUCUGCCUGGACCCACUCCUCUACUUCUUCCUGUGCAGGGAGUUCAAAGAGAAACUCAUGGGGAUGCUGAACAGAAAAGGGACACCUUCACAAAUAACAUCAGGAACCACAUAG